UUCCUUCACUCCAACGGCGCCACAACAACACAUAGUGAGGAAAAUUAAGUAAUACAGCACCAUUGAAAACCAGUGUGUGAAUAAACAGAAGAGAGGACCGAGAGGAGGAGGACCUAGGAAGGGGAGCGAGCGACAUGUUGCUGAUGGAGUGGUGAACAACUUGAGGCGGUGAUGGUCGACCGGUCAGACCUCGACACCCAAGGAAGAGGCCAAUGGUGAUAAUACCUGAUGACACUACACUUGCCUGGAGCCUGACACAUCACCCCCAACCAAGGAGAUUUGCAUAGCCUCCUUGAUCUCCAAUAAGCUCCAUGUUAUCAUUGUCAUCCGGGUCACCCAAGGAAUUAGCCUCAGGACCAUUGACCUCACGAUUCCCCGCCUGAGGAACACGUUACGCCGGCCACAGCACCUUCCAAGCACACACUCUAGGAUGUUGUUCCGGGCAGCGCGGGGGCAAGUCGCUGCCUGCCGCCACACAGCCCGUCACCGCCAGUGCACAAGGUCGAUCCAGGUGUCAGCGUUUAGCCUUGAUGAAGUGCGGGUACGGUUUGCGCCAAGUCCAACAGGUUACCUGCACUUGGGAGGCUUGAGGACGGCACUCUACAAUUUCCUCUUCGCAAAGUCCAACAACGGAAAGUUUAUUCUGCGGAUUGAAGAUACUGACCAGAGCCGGCUGGUCCCUCAGGCCAGCACGAAGCUUGAAGAAAUGUUGUUAUGGGCUAAAAUACCACCGGAUGAGUCUCCUCAAGUGGGUGGGCCUGUGGGCCCAUACAUGCAGUCCCAGCGACUUCAUAUCUACCAAGAAUAUGUUAAAAGACUCUUGGAGAAUGGGACAGCAUACAAGUGUUUCUGUUCCAAUAGGCGGCUGAAUUGGCUGCGUAACGAUGCCAUGAGAAGAAAUGAGGUUCCGAGGUAUGACAACAGGUGUCGGCACCUCUCACCGGCCAAUAUUGAGGAACUUGAGGCUAAUCAAACAGAGUCCUGUAUACGAUUCAAGCUAGAGGCAAUGGAAGAACCUUUUGAAGACAUAAUUUAUGGUUCAGUAUUGAACAGUGGAGUGGAUCAGGAGGGGGACCCAGUGAUCAUGAAGACUGACGGCUACCCAACCUACCACUUUGCCAAUGUUGUGGACGACCACCUCAUGGGCAUCACACAUGUGCUCAGGGGUGUGGAGUGGCAGGUGUCCACACCCAAGCACCUCCAGCUUUACAAAGCUUUUGGAUGGAGUCCUCCUGUCAUUGGACACCUCCCUCUCAUCCUUAACACGGACGGCACCAAACUGUCCAAGAGGCAAGGAGACGUCCACAUUGAACACUACCGUGCCAGCGGCUACUUCCCCGAGGCCGUGCUCAACUUUGUGACGGACAUUGGUGGAGGGUUUGAGGGCAGGGACAGCAGACUCCUGUUACCAGUGGAGGAAUUGAUAAAGAAGUUCAGGGUGUCCCGGAUUACCAAAAAUUCUUGUCGACUGGAUAAGGAGAAGUUGUAUCAGUACAAUCAAGUGAACCUUCACAGAUGCCUCGAGGAUCCCACAGAACUCAAAGUGAUUCUCUCUCAGCUCAAAGACCUCCUCAGGAAGACAUAUGGGGAGAAAUUGUCCACCAGCAUGACUCAGGAAAAGGUGCUGGGCACAGACUACCUCAUGCAGGUGCUGGAGUGGAGCAAGGAGAGGAUUACAUGCUUGCAGGACCUUGUGCACCCAGCCUUUUCCUACGUGUGGGUGGUUCCUGAUCAGCUGCCUGUUGCUGAACUUCCAGCGAUGGCGUGUUCUCACGUGGAUGUAUUGCAAAGAGUUGCUGAUCUCAUUGUUGCUGAUCUUGAUGCAGAUACUUUCACUAAAGAAAACAUUGUAAAACUAGUAAAAAGUGUUGGAAAGGAAUACAAGCUGAAGACUCCUGUCAUCAUGAAGCUUAUGAGGAUGUCUGUCAGCGGCCUAACUGAGGGACCACCCGUCGGGGAGAUGCUGGCGGUGCUGGGGCAGGACGCGGCCUUGGAGCGCAUCAGACACGCUGCUCAUCUCAUAGCAAACAGUGAUAAAUAGUUUUUUGUUAUAAUAAAAUAUUGUUUAUG